GCAAGUUGUCACCGGAGCUAUUUUGGCAAUGUACAGCCGCUAAUGAUUGUGAUCACAGAGCACAGCUCGGAGCAGUUGCUUUGCUUUCCUUUUUUCCUUGGAGCAAGUUUGAUCAUGCAGCCCUCACCAGUACUUCAGGGAUUAAAGAGUUAAACGAAUGGCACGUCGGCUGCGCUCGCAAUUUGCGUCAAGGAGAAGCCACACAGACCCUCUGUCAGAGAGCCUCAGCAGCCAUGGUGGAGAGAGCGGAGUCCGUGUGUCCGAUCAAAGCCCCACAGAGAGUCUGGCUCACAGCUCUGUCCACUUGAAGGUGACUCCACUGUCACCAGAAUAUACUAAUUUACUGCGGUACUCUUCAGUGUUCAUACCCAGGGUUAACACUGGAGGAGGUAAUAAGAAGAGCGUUCUGAAAAUCUCACUGGAGCCCUGUGGAACACCUAGUGGAGAGCUAGAUGGCAGUAUAGAGGAUGGAGACCCAGUGGCAAGGAAAGGGGGAGCAGGCACAGGCUCUGACGGAGGCUCGUGCAGCAGCAGCAUGGCCAGCGAUGCCGGGUACUGUAGCAGCAACAACAUCUUUGAGCCAGAGGCUUCAGAAAAGCACAGGACCACCCAGGAGAGGAGUCUACUUCGCUGCAAGUCAAAGGUCCCUUUGAGACGGUGCUCCUCCUUGGUUAUGUUUCCAAAGAGCCCCUGCAGCACCCCACCUGCUUCCCCAGUCGGCCCAAUGGCUCUAUCUGCUCUCCCUCCAGCGAGGGGGUGUCAACAGUCAUCUCUACAGACAUCUGCCAGUGAAUUCUCACGGGAAUAUGAGGAAGUGAAUUGCAAAGAGUCCAUUACCACGGCAGUAAGUGGCCGUCGUUUCCCUAAAGGAAGCUGUCCAGCCGAGUUAAGGGACACCAAACACAUGGUGCAAUUUAGUAUUCCUCUACAGGAAGAACCAAAUGGAAAAAUGGCGGACAGGAGAAAACUAGGGGAGUUGUCGUCAACUUUAGACCGAUCGAAUCGUCACUCCAGCAGCGUGCUGCUACACUUUGCCAACCAGAGACCAAUAAUGGGAGCUACAACCACGUCUACAACCGAUGCAGAAAAUGCCGAGGCUCCGAACCUGACCGCACAACCUGAUGGUGAACCCGAGCCUCGCAAAAAACUGUACCGUAGUACUUCGGCUUGUUUGUUCUCCUCGACUAAACCAACAGAGAAAAAGGUCUCUUCGUCAGGAACAGGACAGGAAAGGCCCGUGCAGAACUAUUGCCAUCGAGCCAUACAAAGGAGCUUUUCCCUGGAGGUGCCCUACGCUAACACGGGAAUUUCAUGUCACGUCUCAAAUCCAAAACUUAGUAUCCCUCACUCUCCACAUGUACACAUUCAUUUGUCUCCUUGCUGCCCUGCUAAGUGGCCUAGCUAUCUUCCUGAUGUAAACACAAGCCACAAAGGGAUUAAUAUGGACAAGAGUCCGGUUCAAAACACAAAGACACGUGAUGACUUUCUCGGGCAGGUGGACGUCCCCUUAAAUCAGAUACCGACAGAAAAUCCUAAUACAGAAAGGCCAUACACAUUCAAGGAUUUUCUACUUCACCCCCGAAGCCACAAGUCCAGAGUUAAAGGUCACCUGCGUCUCAAAAUGACAUACCUGCCCAAAAGCCCAGGCUCAGAGGAGGAAACCGGAGAACAGACUGAGGACGUAGACCCUGGAUGGGAGUUUCUGGAGUCUCAGGACAUGUCGGGUCCCAGACAAAGCCAGGGGCUGCCUGCUCUGCCCCCUGGCUGGGAGGAGCGGCAGGACAACCUGGGAAGAACCUUCUUUGUCAAUCAUGAGAGCAGAACCACACAAUGGCUACGACCGACACUCCAAGAAGGUGAUGUGCCUGUGCAAAGAGGACAGAACAAUAAUAUGGAUGCGGAGCAGGUUUUUAUGACACGCAGACAGAUCUCAGACCCAGAUGAGAACACCACACGGGAGUCUCCUGAGAGCUGGGAGAUCAUUACGGAGGACGAGUCCACCUUUUAUCACAGCAAUAACCAGCUCACGUCAUCUCCACCACACGGGCCUGGAGAUCAUCCGCUGCCCAACGAGCAGAGAAACACAAACUUCUCUGGGGCCACAGCUGGCGAGCAGCGCGCCUCUCAGAUGAAUCAUGCUAGUAUUUCAAGUCAUUCCAGUCGCAGAGGAAGUGCCCAGACUUCAACAGGGGAGGAGCAUCCUGUUAAUCCUGUGCAUGUUCCAACCUCAGCUGGGCUGCCUCCAGGAUGGGAAGAGAAGCGAGACAAUAAAGGAAGACGCUACUUUGUCAACCACAACAGUCGAAGCACUUCAUGGACAAGACCCCUUAUUCAGAAAACCACAGAAGCAGCACCAGCAACAACAACAGCAAGAACAACAACAACAACAACAGCAGCAGCAGCUGCAUCCGCAGCAGCACAGAGUGCGGCGGCCGCCCACAGCCAGACUCCCCCCUUACCUCCCAUGUCCCCCGAGGACUCUCCCUCUGUGCACGCUCCAAGCACCGAGGCCGCACAUGAUUCUGGCUCCCUGCCGGCUGGUUGGGAGGUUCGCAGUGCUCCCAGUGGAAGACCCUUUUUCAUUAACCACACCACUAAGACUACUACCUGGGAAGACCCCAGGCAUCCUAAGGUUCCUGUGCACAUGAGGAAGAGACCCUCACUCGACCCAUCUGAGCUCGGCCCUCUGCCGCCUGGCUGGGAAGAGAGGAUCCACACUGAUGGGAGGAUAUUCUACAUAGAUCACAACACCAAAAUCACUCAAUGGGACGAUCCCAGGCUGCAGAACUCCGCUAUAACCGGACCAGCAGUGCCUUAUUCCAGAGAUUAUAAACAGAAGUAUGACUACUUCCGGAAGAAGCUGAAGAAACCGGUUGACAUCCCAAACCGCUUUGAGUUGAAGCUGAGGCGAAAUGCGGUGCUGGAGGACUCAUACCGACGCAUCCUGUCAGUGAAGCGGGCAGACCUGCUGAAGGCCCGACUGUGGGUGGAGUUUGAAGGAGAAAAGGGACUGGACUAUGGUGGGGUGGCCAGGGAGUGGUUCUUCCUCAUGUCCAAGGAGAUGUUCAACCCAUACUACGGACUGUUUGAGUAUUCUGCCACAGACAACUACACACUGCAGAUUAACCCUAACUCAGGUUUAUGCAAUGAAGACCACCUGUCCUACUUCAAGUUCAUCGGUCGCGUAGCAGGCAUGGCCGUGUAUCACGGAAAACUGCUCGAUGCUUUUUUCAUUCGGCCUUUCUACAAAAUGAUGCUGCAGAAGCCAAUCACUCUCCAGGACAUGGAGUCUGUUGAUAGUGAAUAUUUCAACUCCUUAAAGUGGAUUUUGGAGAACGACCCGACAGACUUGGAUUUGAGGUUUACUGUUGACGAGGAGCUGUUUGGACAGACUCACCAGCAUGAACUGAAGCCAGGCGGUGCAGAGAUUGUCAUCACUAAUGAAACCAAGAAGGAAUACAUCCAUCUGGUGAUGCAGUGGAGGUUUGUGAACAGGAUACAGAAGCAGAUGACUGCCUUCAAAGAGGGAUUCUUUGAGUUGAUACCACAGGAUGUGAUCAAGAUCUUUGAUGAGAAUGAGCUCGAGCUGCUCAUGUGUGGUCUGGGAGAUGUGGACGUGAACGACUGGAGAGAGAACACCAAGUACAAGAACAGCUACUGCUCUAACCACGUUGUCAUCCUGUGGUUUUGGAAAACGGUGCUGUUGAUGGAUGCAGAAAAGCGAAUCAGGCUCUUACAGUUUGUGACAGGAACUUCAAGGGUCCCAAUGAAUGGCUUUGCUGAACUCUAUGGGUCUAACGGACCCCAGCUAUUCACCAUUGAGCAGUGGGGAACACGUGAUAAACUCCCCCGAGCCCACACAUGCUUCAAUCGACUGGACCUGCCUCCUUAUGAGUCCUUUGAGGAGCUGAGGGAGAAACUUCACAUCGCCAUUGAGAAUGCGCAAGGCUUUGAUGGGGUGGAUUAGAGUUUGCCCCGAGAUUACUGCACGAUGUGGGGAAGAAAUGUAAUGAUGAUAAAAACAAGAUGUGCUAGAGAUGUUUUAAACUGCCAGCUGUGUGACAGAUGAAAGAGAGUCACACAACCUUCACUGUGGUCCUCUGUCGAGCCACGUGUGAAGAAAGGACAUUAACUCUGGGGGGACGGGGUCGUCUAAUCACACUACAUGUCUAAAAGUUUACAAAGCAAAAAUGCAAAGCUGUAUACUGCAUAACAAAAUAUAUUACCUUUAAAAAAUUGUUAAAUUUUGGCUGAAUUGUGCUCUAAUUCUCACAUCAGGUAUUUUGUCUGUACAUUGUAGGUUGUGGGAAAAAAUUUAAGCUAUGUUGCAGCCUUAAAUAAAUCCCGUCACUUGUAAGCAACAUCGUGCCAGAUGUUUUUUCAAAGGAAAAACCUGACUGAUCAAUUGGCCAAUUCAACCAAUUUAAUUAUUUUCAUAGUCAAACAUUUUUCAUUCCAUCACAAUAACUCCUAACAUAUUUCCCUCAACAGCAUUGGUAGCAUAAAAUGUGCAGGUUAUAUAUUCUCAUUUGAGCAACUACACUUAAGCUAAGUGUAUUAUAUAAUUACCAUAGUAAUAGAGAUGUACUAAUACCAGGACCAUUAAAAGGCUAAAUUAAUUAUAAUUUGUAGUUUGACUUCACGCAGUGUUGGAUUGUGCUGAAUGUUUUUGCAUAGUUGUACAUAUUGACAUGAGACCAUUGAAUAUCGCCUGCAUUUUUUUGUUUUUUUGUUAUUACAUGAAUACACUGUACAUACAAAAUGGAGGCUACCGUCUGCAAAAUUAAUACCGCAUUUAUUGUUAAAACUGUUUGCUCAGAAUUGUUAAAUUGAUAAAUCACCAGAUAUUGGUGGACCUCUACAUUUGUCUUUUAUGAUCAGAAGCCACUUUUACUCAAGUUCAACUAUCAAAUAAAUAAAUAAUGUAUUUACGCAUAAUAUUUGACAAACUUACAUUAUCACACACUUUGCAUACAGUAUGUUCGAAAUUAAAUUGUGUUGCCUUUUGUCUAUGAGUGAUAUCAUUUUGUGUUCCUUUUCAUCAUGGUUGUCUAAUUGCAGCAUGGUGCUCUAUUUGUAAGAGUACAACUUUAAUAAUUGUUUCAUUGUUUGUCAAAAUUUGUACAGAUUGUCUGUUUUAAACAUGACUAAUCACAUGUUAAUAACUGUUCUUCAACAGUAGUUUUUACAUUUUCUGAAUGGCACUAUGUGUUUACCCACUGCCAUGUUUACAGGUCAAUGAUAAAAUAAGAUUUUAUGGGCUGGUUCUUGUUCUCCGACAACACAAUUUUAUACCUUAUGCUUUCAUACAGUCAAGCACUUUGCUGAUAUCAAUGAGUCUUACUUCUGAACUAUCUGAAUCUUUGCCAAUCUGUCACCUGCAGACCGCUGGAAUUGCUCUUUAGGAAAAUUGUCCGAUGCUAAGUGCACGUGUUUAGAUGUUUACAUGUGAACAUUGCUGGAAGUAAGCAAUUCUCUGCUUUCAGUUAUAUUUAAAGUUAAAUACAGAGGCCUUUGUUUGUAAUGAAUUGUAGAAUUUGAUGGUUAAUGUUUUAAUCUCUAAAUGGAUGUACCUUUAAAUACCUAUUGUCUAUUGAAAAAUAAUGAAUAGAUCAACGCCUAAGUUCUGAUACAUCAGAUUUUCAUAUUAUAAAAAAAUAAUUGAAACACAGAAGUGUAUUACAACAACAACGUGAAUAGAUAUAUACAAAAUUAAAAAGGGUUGAAUAAAAUGUAGUUGUUGAAUACCCAUUGGAUUAAAUAUAGCACAACAAAUUCCAACAAAAUUGUAUUUGAAAAAUAAAGAAAUAUGAAAACAGUA